AUGCCUAGCAGACAAGCCAGGCUAAUACAAGCCUUUCCAAUCAAGGAAGAGGACUUGGUACACCCAAGUCUUAGAGAAAACCAGCCUAUCUACAUUCAUCCUAGUAUUAAGGAGAGCUUUGAGGAUGAAGAGACUAAUACCAGCAAUGCUUUAAGAGUCCAGGAGACCGACACACCAAGUUAUGGCAAUGAUUGGAAUGAAGCUGAUCAAAACCUAGUUCAUUCAGACUCAGACUUCAAUGACAAUGAGAAAGAGGAAGCUGAUCUAAACAAUGAUUGGGUCCUUACAGCAAUCCAUACUACCAUCACAACACAAGAGGAUGACCAGGAUAGUGAUAUUAUCAGUGAUAUUAAGGAUAUUACACCACAAGCCAGUGAUACUAAAGAUAUUACACCAUAA